UGGUAAAGCGGUUGCCAGAGCACGUGCAGGUGGAUGACCCUGCCGCCCAGAGGAAACUGGCUAAGAAGCUGGAGCGGCAGCAGGUACCUCUGAGGCAGGACUAUGGCACCAAGGUCAACCUGUUCUCCCACUUGCACCAGUACAGCCGGAAGAAGCCACUGACACAGCAGAUGAGCAUCCCCUCCACGGUAAUUCACCCAGCUGUGGUGCGCCUUGGCCUCCAGUACUCCCAGGGCAUCAUCAAUGGCUCCAAUGCCCGUUGCAUUGCCCUGCUGGAAGUCUUCAAACAGCUGAUCCGGGAUUACUCAACUCCCCCCAACGAGGAGCUGUCACGGGACCUGGUGGCCAAGCUGAAGCCACACAUCAGCUUCCUGAACCAGUGCCGUCCCCUCUCAGCCAGCAUGGGCAAUGCUAUUAAGUUCCUCAAGAAGGAGAUUUCGUGCCUACCUGACACUCUGAGAGAGGAGGAGGCAAAGGAGAAGCUGCAGGACACUAUCGACAAAUAUCUGCGGGAGAAGAUUCUUUUGGCAGCUGAAGCCAUUUCGAGGUCUGCCUUUGAGAAGAUAAAUGACAACGAUGUGAUCCUGGUGUACGGAUGCUCUUCCCUCGUGAACCGUACGCUGUGCGACGCCCAUGUGAAGAAGGGCCAGGCCUUCCGUGUGAUCGUGGUGGACAGCCGGCCGCGGCUGGAGGGCCGGGAGACACUGCGCCGGCUGGUGCGUAAGGGCAUUCACUGCACCUACGUGAUGAUCAACGCCAUUUCUUACGUGCUGCCGGAGGUGUCCAAAGUGCUGCUGGGAGCCCACGCGCUCCUGGCCAAUGGCUCUGUCAUGUCCCGGGUGGGGACGUCCCAGAUAGCGCUGGUCUCCAAGGCCUACAAUGUGCCCGUCCUGGUGUGCUGUGAGACCUACAAGUUCUGCGAGCGAGUGCAGACAGACUCUUUUGUCUCCAACGAGCUGGAUGACCCCGAUGACCUGAUCGUGCUCCGGAAGGGCCAGGCCCAGCUGGGUGGCUGGGCAGAGAACAAGUCCUUGCGCCUCCUCAACCUGGUCUACGACGUGACACCACCUGACCUGGUGGAUCUGGUCAUCACGGACUUGGGCAUGAUCCCUUGCACCUCAGUGCCUGUUGUCCUGCGUGUCAAGAAUGUGGAUCAGUAGCAGGGGCAGCUGCACAGACGCCAAUAAACCAGGCCC